UUUUUCCAAAAAUUUUAUUUAUUUGAGACUGAUCUAUAUUGUGUUUUCAAACCCUCUUUUAAAUAGUUCAAACAAAAUAGAAUGCGAUUAUCAUUCCAUUCAUUUGUUCACACACAAUAAAUGUCCUCCCCUUGCGCCCCUUAAAAAAGCUUGUCCUUCCUCUCUUUUAUAGCCUAAGGGUAUUAUUUACCUAUUUAGCGACCUUGGCCCUUCUCUUUCCUUCUCCGGCUAAAUAAAAUGUUUUUUGCUUCUUCCUUGUUUCAUUUGCGCUGUGAAACCGCCAGAGGAACAUAAAUUGAUGACGUUAAUAUAUGGAAUGGAGAUGACGCAUAAAUAGGUAAAUGGAAAUAAAAAUAUUUGGAAAUUCCAGAGAAAUUAAAUAUAAAUUAGAAGAUAUCUCCUCAUUAGAAGAUACAACCUUGGAACAGAAAAAAAUCAUACAUAACUAGGCUUGCCGGCCCGGACCAGUUAAGCUCCUAGCCUGUGUCCUAGCCUGUGCUGAUGUGUGUUCACUUACCCGGACCAGUCCGAAAGAUCGAGUUGGGCAUCGAAUUUUAGCCCAAAGAGGCCGGGCCGGCCCAAUAAUCUUUGGGACUCUCACCUCCUCCUCUCUCCUCAUCACACCCAUCAGUCCACUCUUAAGUGUCCACUUCAUCCCGAGUGGUGUCGUUAUGGAGCUUCCGUUGUAUUAUAAUUAAGAGUAUUUUAAGCCCCUCUCUUUUUUAAAUAUUUUUCAGCUUGUUCUAAUUAAAAAAGUUCCUUUUUUUAUUCACCUUGAAAAUUAAUUCUUUUUUCUCCAGUUCCGGUCAUUCUUUUGUUGUUUUUUGGAGGGAAUUUUUCGUGGUUUAUUAUUAAAAUGAAAAAAAUAAUUUUUUCUUUUUUAAUUUUUCUACAAAAAGUAACAAUAAUAAUUACUUUAUUUUUAAAUAUAAAAUAUUUAAAUGCUUGUAUGACGGCUAUGAUAGCACAGCCAAUACCUGCCUGUGCUUCUUGUUCCCUUACCCAAUUAAUGUUAACACCUGGGAAUGGAAUGACAUCAAGUACUCCGGUUAGAUAAAAAUAUUUUAAGAAAGUUAGACCUCAUAAGAUACAUCAUCUUCAAGGCUGAGUUGUGCACUAUAAUGAGGUGUCUCACACAGGGGUAUCUAUUGGUAUCCUAUAGUGGGGUGUUUUAUAGACGAGGGGAUAUUAUAAGAGAGGGUGUCAUAUACUGAGGUGUAUCUUAAACAAGUGUAUAUUAUAAUGGGGCGUAGAUUAGAUAGAGUACCUAGUCUCUUAUAGUGGGGUGUAUCCAUGUAUC